GAGGAGAGGUGGUGGGAAGGGGAAGUGUUGCUGAGGGCUGAUUCUCCUUUUCAUGCAUUAAAGGGAGGUCGGGAGGUCGGUGCUUGAUUUCUGUUCUGUUCUGUGUUAACCGAAAGAAAGAGGAGGGAAAGCGGGAAGAAGAUGAUGAUGGAUGGAGGCAUGCAUGUCUAUCAUGAUGAUACCCAUGAUUUUACGGAACGGAACGGUCUUUUCUUUCUUUUUUCGCGUUAUGCUUUACUUCACUUGCAUUGUUUCAAUGGCUGGCUGGUUGGUACCUGGUUCAUAUUGGCUUUGGUUUGGCUUGGUUUGUGAGAGCAUUGCAAUAACGGAAGGGGAAGGGAAAAAGGGGCAUUUUUACCUGGGUUUCGUCUGUUUGAGUUUUGCGCUUGUUGAUCGGGUUUGGACCAUGGUUUGGCAUUUUUGUCUUUUCGCCUGGUUUUGUCUGUCUGUCUCCCCUGCAUUGUGUUUUAUUUCGUUUCCUCCUCUCUACCUGCUAAUGGUUGUUGUGUGUGUGUUCACUUUGCCUUCUUCCUUGUUUUAUUAUUAUUAUUGUUAUUGCUCCUGCUGGAACAGGGAUGUCGACACUUCAUGGAACUUUCCUACUAUUCCUGCCUCACUCUUCCUUUAUCGUUUUCUUCUUGUUUCUAUUACUAGUGGCAUUGGUGGCAUUGGGUUGGUAAAGGCAUGGAAACACGCAUGGAUACAGUUUACGCAUGGGCUAGGUAAAAAGAGGUUUACAGUCAGUCAAAUCAUAUCAUUCAUGGGUCGAAUAGGCGUGUUUGCUUGAAGGAAACAAUAACAUUGCUGGUUUCAUUGUUGCUGGAAAUGAUGCUCCAUCCCUUACCUGAUUCAGUUGCACUUUUCCCUGUUGAGGUGUGAAGAGCUGUUACG